AUGGCUGGGCCCGAGGCCGACCCCAGAGCGACGCCUGUGUCCCUGGGGCGCUGCAUGCGGCAGGGUUUCCAGGAGCUGUACCAGGCCCAGCAGCUCUGCGAUGUUGCCUUGGUGGCUGCAGGACGGCGCUUCCCCUCUCACAGGCUGGUGUUGGGCUCGGUCAGCCCUUACUUACGGGACCGGAUGGCCUCCGCGGAGUCCCGGGGUGGGGAGGUUCAGCUGCAGGAUGUGUCGCCCUCCGUCCUCCAGAGCAUCCUGCGCUAUCUGUACACGGAGGAGCUGGCGCUGACGGCCGAGCACGCCCAGGAGCUGUUCGUCACGGCCAGCAGGCUCCAGAUCCCCCCACUCCUGGAGACGGUUAGCAGGUUCCUCGUGGAGAGCAUUUCCCUGGAGACCUGCCUCAGGCUCUACGCGCUGGCUCACGCCCACCGGCACCCGGCUCUGCUCCGCGCGGCCGGGCGCUACGUCAGCCUGCACUUCAGGUCUCUCUGCGAGGACGACGCCUUCCUGCGCCUGGACCCCGGCACCUUGAUCGGCAUCAUCGCCUCAGACGACCUCGCGGUGGCUUCCGAACUGACCGUCUACUGGGCUGUGGGGCGCUGGGUGAGGGCUGACCCCGCCGAGCGCCUGCCGCUGCUCCCGGAGCUGCUGGGGCACGUCCGCCUGGCCCUGCUGACCCCCGAGGAGCUGGCCGAGGUGCAGGCAGACGUCGCAGAGCUCUCCGGGGCUGCUCGGCUGGGGUUGAAGGAGCUGGCUGGGGAGGGGAGGCUGCGGGAGAGCGGGGGCCUCCGGCGGGGCAUGUACGAGGAGGUGAUUGUGUGCGUGGGGCGGCGGGCGCGGAGGGGCCAUGCCGCUGGCGAGGACUUGGAUUCUCCCCUGAACUGUUUUGACCCCCACACGGAGAGGUGGGGGGCGCCGUUGGGCUCGGUUCCGGUGCGGUUCCCCGGUUUCGCCGCCCUGGGCCACAAGCUGUAUGUGGCCGGGGGCUGCGGCCCGGACGGCUGCUUUUCAACCAGCCUGCACGAAUACGACGCCUGCUCUGGGCAGUGGGCACAGCUCCCCUCCAUGUCCUGGCCCCUGGACCCCCACGGCUUCCUGGUCUGCAGCCGGCGGCUCUACGCCGUGGGGGGCUGCAUGGAGGCGGCUGGCAAGCUGGAUUCGGCAGAGACCUUUGACCUGGAGCAGAAGCAAUGGGCUCCUGCCUCCCGCCUGCCCUUUCCUCUCAGCUACUUCGCCUCGGCCGCGCUCCACAACAAGCUCUACCUGAUAGGUGGGAAGAAGCACGUGGCGGGGGCCCUGGCCACCCACCGGGGGCUGCUCAUCUACCACGUCAGCUCGGACAGCUGGGCUCAGGUGCCGCUGGGCGUGGGGCUCUGCCACGCGGGCGCUGCCGCCACGGCUGGCGGGAUCUGUGUCGUGGGGGGCUGCAGAGACGAAGCCCUCGGGGAGGAGGGAGAGGGGGCUUCCUGCCUGGGAAACGUCCAGGCCUCCCGGGCGUGCUUCUUCCUGGGUGAGGAUGGCAAAGUGAGGCAGGAGGUGGCCAUCCCGGCACUUCCCCGAGCCAUCGAGUCUGCUGGGGCCGUCUGCUGGCAGGGAAGGGUCUACGUGGUGGGCGGCGAGGAUUCAGCCCGUUGGCUGAACACCGUGUACUACUGGGAGCCCAGCUCUGCCGCCUGGACCCUGUGCCGGGAAGGCCCUGCCACCGCAGAGCGCGUGGGCUGGUUUGGCUGUGUGACACUGCAGGUGCCCAUCAGAUCCCUCCGGGCACUUUUCCAGGGGCAGCCCACAGCCCCGGCGGCAGCCCACGAGGCAGCACUUGCUCCCAUCGCCCGCGGGGACAUCCUGCCCUGA